AUGGACAUUCCGUCAUUACGAACAUUAAUUGUUGACAAUUAUGAUUCCUAUACUUUUAACUUGCUUCAACUAUGGGGUGACGAAAAAAGCGUCAAAAACGUAGUUGUGAUCAGAAAUGACCAGUUUUCUUGGACAAAGUUUAAGAAUCAUGUACUUCCACAUUUCGACAAUAUCAUUAUAUCACCAGGACCAGGUAGUCCGAAGAACGCUUCUGAUUUUGGUAUAUGUGCAAAAAUCCUUGAAUUAGAUAACAUUCCAAUUCUAGGUGUAUGCUUAGGACAUCAAGGCAUUGGCGUCUCUUUUGGUUCUGAUGUUGUAAAUGCUAAAAGAAUAAUGCAUGGAAGGUUAAGUCCUGUUUAUCAUGAUGGAACAUAUGAUAACACGUCUUUAUUCCUAGGCAUACCAAGUCCAUUUUGUGCUGUCAGAUACCAUAGUUUGGUGAUCGAUAAUAAAGGUUUGCCUCAACAAUUAAAAAUUUCAGCUUGGUGUUCCGAAGACGAUGAUGAUUUGCAGGAAGGGCUUCUCGACAAUAAGCCUCCUCCUAAAGAAUUGAAUACAAUCAUGAGCUUAAAGCAUUCGUCUAAACCAAUUUUUGGCGUUCAGUUUCAUCCAGAGGCAUGGUUUUCUGUUUGUACUGAAUAUGGAAAUCAAAUUCUAAAAAAUUUCCAAGUUAUAUCGCACUUAUUUUUAAAAAAACGAGGAGUUUUGUUUCCAAGACCUACACUUCCGCAGUCUAUUACGUCACUUUCAGUAGUCCCUAUAAGUGUUAACCUACCUAGACCAUCAAUCUCGAUGACUUUCCCCGGGCACAUUCUCAUAAUAAAGGAACUUGAUAAAGAUAUUUGGGUUGAACCAUCAAUCGUCUUUAAGCGUAUUGUCUCUGUCGAUAAAUCCAUUACAGGAAAAUGGUGGUUGGACAGCUCAAGGCAACCAGACCCGCAAAAUCGAUUUUCGUAUAUGGGUUCGACACCAGCCUUUUCAAAUUCCUUUUCAACAUCAUAUUCUACGCAUAAUAAAACAUUAUCGAUCACAUACUCAAAUGGUUUAGUGAAAUCAAAAAAACUCGCAGAUGAUCAAACAUUUUGGGAUUGGAUGUCCGAUAUAAUGUCACAUUUUAACCAGCGUAUUGCUGGGUUACGGAUAUUGCAUAAUGAUGGGAGUCUUGAAAAUAUUAGACAUAGACUACCUUUUGAUUUUCGGUUAGGAAUGGUGGGAUAUUUUGGUUAUGAAAUGAAACUAGAAUCAAUGCCUAGUUGUUCUUUGCCAAAAGAAAAUUCGGAUCAUUCUUUUGCAUGUAAUAGUCCAGAUGCUGCGUUUGUUUUCGCAACUCAGGCAAUAAUAUUUGAUCAUAUCGAGAAGCGCAUGUGGGUUACUGGUUUGGUACGUGAUGACUGCGAUGUUUCUGCUUCAUUGAAUUCUAUAGAUGUUGGUGAAUUAUGUAGUAUUACUGGAUUUUCAUAUUCAGAUUUUUUAUCAUGGGUCAUGUCUACUGAAAAAAAAUUAUGCAACAUUAAUGCUGAACCUCAUGUAGUAUCAAUUAAUAAUAAUUAUAAGCCUUCUUCUACUACAAUUCAACCUCCCUUUGUUCCCGACAUGAUGUCUGAUUCCUAUAUAAAAGCAAUUGAAAAGUCACUUCAAUAUAUCUAUGAAGGUCAAUGCUAUGAAAUUUGUCUUACCACACAAAUUCGAACUUCACUACAAAAUAGACUCAGUGAUAUUUGCGAACUUUAUCAACGUAUUAGAUUGGAUAAUCCUGCGCCAUUUUCUGCAUUUCUCUAUUUUCCAACAGAAGAUGUAGCAGUAUUAAGCUCAUCUCCUGAAAAAUUUAUUCAAAUAAAUAGUGAAGGUGUUGUAGAAAUGAAACCAAUUAAGGGCACUCUUGCGAGAGCAAAAGGCUGUGUUUGUUCAAAAGUGGAAAAAUGUGAUAAUGGUUCACGAUGUGAAGAAAUUAGAGAAAAAGAUGAUGCGAGGAGAAAACAUGUUCUUGAAGGAGACUUAAAAGAACGUGCUGAGAACCUAAUGAUCGUUGAUUUGAUCCGCAAUGAUUUGGCGCAAAUAUGUCCACCACAUACUGUAGAAGUUCCUGAUUUGAUGAAAGUAGAAUCUUAUGAAACUGUUCAUCAACUUGUGACCACUGUUCGUGGAAAAUUGUGUGAUUACUUAGAUUGUGUUAAGGCUGUACAACGCUGUUUUCCACCGGGAUCCAUGACAGGUGCACCUAAAUUGCGUGCCAUUCAUCUUCUAAAUGAAUUAGAAAAUAACUCUCCGAGAGGAAUUUAUUCUGGAUGUUUAGGAUAUGUGUCUUUACAAGAUGGAUAUCAAAAAGAUACAGCUCAAUUUAGCGUCGUCAUAAGAACUGUUGUUGUUUGUAAUGGAACUGAUAUAUCUAUUGGAGCUGGUGGUGCGAUUGUUCAUCUUUCAAACCCAGAAUCGGAAUGGCAAGAAGUUGUAUUAAAAUCGCAAUCUGUUUUACCAAGAAUUAGGAAAUAUACAGUUUCUUCGAAAAAUGAUGUAGAUCCAAAGAAAAAAGCUCAUAGUAUCAUUGAUUCCCUGCCUGGCAAUUCCUUGCUUACUAAAACUGGCUAUAUUACCGUGGGCACGGGACUAGUAACUUUAGUUAUUUCAAAGGAAUUAUAUAUAUUCAAUGAAGAAACUGUAGUGUUAUUGGCCUUUAUUGGUCUCAUGGUUCCUCUCUAUCGUGUACUUAGGCAGCCCUUCAAUGAUUGGGUUGAAACACAAAAGAAUCGUGUCAAUAGCAUCCUUGAUCAAGCUCAGGAAGAUCAUAAACAUGCUGUCAAAGAAAGAAUUAACACUAUUGGUCAACUAAGCGAUAUUGUUGAUAUCACAAAAGCAUUGUUUGCUAUGUCCAAGGAAACUGCAAAAUUGGAAGCCGAAGCCUUCGAAUUGAAACAAAAAUUUGCGGCUGCUUCUGAGAUAAAAUCUGUGUUAGACUCAUGGGUCCGUUAUGAAGCCUCAUUACGUGAACGUGAACAAAAAGCUCUCGCUAGUCAUGUUAUGGAACGUGUGAUGGCUCAAUUACGGGAUGAAAAAACGCAACAAGAGAUUCUCAUCCAAUCUAUUGAAAACGUUGAAAGUGAGCAUCAUUGUGUUUUCUGA